CCGCUUUUGGAUCUCCAGCGGAUCACAUUGACCUGCUGCUCACACUGUAGCGGUUUCCCUGCAGCUUCCCGAUGCAACUUUAGAUACGUUAGACUACACAUUGUACGAACUUUAAUAAUAUAAUAACAAGAACAUUUGACUACCAGCUCAGUAUGGAUUUGGCGACAUUUAAUCCCGUUAUCCUGUUUCUCGCCUUGGUACAAGUUGUGUUGGCCCUGGUGGAGCCGCCGGCCAACGUGACCCUGGAGUGCCACAACAUGCACAACGUGCUGCGGUGGGACUACGGCCAGCUCGUCCCCGGGCUCAGAUUCAGAGUCAAUAUCCGCUCGAUGGGAAGUCCUCCCAGUGAGAGUUGGGUGGAGCCGCCAGCGAAGCAAGCCGACGUGUCGUUUCUCUCUGAUCCCAGGAACGAAUACAUAAUUUCCGUAACUGCUGUGAUUGGACAGAAUGAGUCUAACUCCGCCCCUCCGGACUCAAUAGAAUUCAGCUAUUUCCAGGACGCUCUAAGUGAAAGAAAAUGUUCUCUUGACCUCCCUUCAGUAAACGUCACGACCCUACAUGAUGGCAAAAUGCUGGUCCGCUUCGUGCAUCCCUGGCUGUUGUACAAGAAGAAAAGCAAAAAGCUCCCCGUAUUUCGAUACAUGGUCGAGGUGGUCCACCAGAAGACACACACAGACCCAACUGACUGUGAGGAGAGUGUGUGUGAGGAGAACGUCAUAGUGGCCGCUUCUCAGGAGAAACACUGUGUGACGGUCGAAGGCGAGCUGGAGAAGAUGUUAGUGAAAACCCUCCGACCGGUCUGUGCCGCGCCAUACGAAGAACCACCAAGCUAUCUCGUCCAUGUGUGGGUGGUGAGCGUCCUGCUGAUCUCCAGUGCGGUUGCUUUUGUCCUCUUCAUGGUCUACCGAAAAAAGACCAAUGCAGCAACUUCUAUACCAAAAUUCUUUAAAUUCGCAGCCAAAGGAAUGCCGGAGAGAAGAGAACUGCAGGAGAAGAUCUUUGUUCCUGAAGUGGUGCCCUGCUCUCCCACACUGAUGGACGAGGAGAAAGACGUCACAUCUUUCAUCACUCCCUGCGAUGACUCCGUGCUCCGGAUGCGCUGCGGCGUGUCGGCAGAGGCAGACAAAGGCCUUUCUGACAGCGUGGAGGUAACGACCGAUGAAGGAUACACGCAGGGCAGAGACUUGGAGCCAGACGAGCCGCUGGAGGCGCCCUCUGGGUAUGAGAAGCGUGCGGUGGUGGUGUCGUAGGCUCCGGGCGAAACGGCGGAGGGAUACCGCGGCUGAGGCUGUAACUUCCCAACAUUGUGGCACAUCGAAUGUUUGAAGUUGGGUCAAAAAAGGGAACUCGUCUGCAAUCAUCUGUCAUUCAAAUUGGAAAAUCUUAACCCUAAACAGCGAUUUUCAGUCGCGGUUACAAAUUCCAGGUGGUUCGAGUCAUGUUGUUCCCUUGUCAGACCGUCUCCACGGGAACAGAGAACCAGGAACGUCCCUCUUGUAGGUGCACUCAGACAUCAGUUACACUUUGCACUAAUGUGUCAGAGCAAGCAACUAAGGUUACAAAUUAAAAUGGCCUUACAGAUGUGUUAUAUAAUAUAGAUCAAAUGAAUUGCUAAAAUCAGAUCAGUCACCAGUGUCAGUGUUGUAAUGUUGUUUAUUUAAGUUCUUGAUUUCUGAUAUUUGUUUCAAAUGUUGCAUCCUCUCAUGCCUGCAUGCUUAACAUUUCCAGUAGUUGCCAAAUCAGCUCAAUUACCUGUGAUUGGUUUAGUUCUAAGUGCAUGCCACCUCCACAGGAGCUUCAUGAAAGGAGAUGUGAAUGAUUCAUAGCUGCCAUAUCUGAGAGAAAUGUGAAGAUAAGUAGAAGAAAGAAAUCUUUUCUGCAGAAAUCUUUAAAGUGCUUCUCGUGACGGCAUUACCUCUUCACUGACAUUUACCUCUGAAUUUAAAUGUCAGGGUUUCAACUGUUACUCAAAACAACAGCGUCACUAAAACACAUCUUUCAAUGAAUCCUAGAUGAGUGAUUCAAAGGGACUUAACGGCGCUUUAUAUUCUGUAAUGCACAUGGAAGUAAAACUAUUAACGUUUUCUGUAAAUACUGUUAUAUCAUAAGCAUCUGUUAAUCAUGCAUUAUCAUCGUAUCUGUUGACCCCAUGUUCAGCAGUAACUGUGCAGUUACAAUAGUCACAAUACUGUUUUCUCUGUAUUAGCGCGUCUUUUCUACCUGAAUCCAAUCCUUUAGUCUCAUUAUGCUAGUUGCACCUUAAAGUCACAGAUAUACAACAGUGACUUGUGUCUUGUGACAUUUCUUUGAUUUAAAUGAAAUAUUCGGGGGGGGGGGUUAGUUGAUGCAAGUCAGAUUUGAUUGGAUCCCAGAGUGAGUGUGAUAGGGAAAGAAGAGCAAUAUGGAUCUGUAGAGGAGUAUUCCUGCUGGUCGACCAGGAGGAGAGAGGGAGAACUACUGAUGGAUCAUUUAUUCACUAAAAGCCAAACACGCUCCCUCCUGUUUAACAAACUACUCUAUUAGCUGCUCUACUCCCAGACUGAACCGUGGUUUGGGCCGUUUCCCAAAGUACAUUUCUUAAGAUACUUUUAUGUAGACACCCGCCAAGUUCAAGACGAGUUGUCAAAAAACACUAUUAAUACGAAAAUGUAUUAAAUUCUUGCCAAAUAAAGGCUGUUAAUUGAACAAUUAACACAGGGUUACAAAAUGUUUGAGUUAUUAUACCCACUCUUUAAAUGAAUUGAUGGAAUUCGAUGAACUAAUUUUCUCAUGAAAUGAGAGGGGAUUUGCACCAGAGGAACUGAAGUGAUGUUUUAACACUUGUACUUGUGCCUUGUUACCGGGCUUUAAACGUCAGCUGUUGAGUUGCUUAUUGUUGUUUUGUGUUGCAUAACUUGAGACUGUACGAGUUGAUGAGCCUUCCCAGCUACAGAGGCUGGAUGCUGAUCAUGACUUUGAAAAAAGGAUAUGGUGCUUUUUUAUUUGUGUAAAAUAUUCGGUUCGCAAUUUUCAAAAAGUAAAUGCCGGGCUUGAUGACCAGCCGGAGUGAUUGUCUGAUAUUUGAAUGUUGUUAACGUUUGAUUUGGAAAAGUGGCCGGCCCAUUAACCUCGAGAAUUUCACUAAUUAACUCUUAAUUAUGCUUCCUCAGUUUCUGUGCCUAUGUCCUUUUAUAAUGAUUCCUUUUCCGUCUGAAAACCAAUGUUAAUGGUUAUUAUCUCGUGAGUUUUCAGUAUUACUUCAUUUCAAUAAAAGUUAAAAAAAAAA